UUUUUUCCCCACUACCGUCAACAAUGAAUUCAACAAAACGAUCCCGCCGCAGCGCGACAUCUGUUAUGGCUGGAGCCUUCCAGAUACGUCCCUCUCGCGACGUCCUGACUAGCCUGCUAAAUGGCCUAGGGCCAUAUGCACUCGAAGAAGAGGAAAAUUGGGAGAGCACAUUGAAACAACCUGUGAAAAGUAGUUUUUGGAUGGAGAAGGGUCCGGAGAAGCGAAAGAUGAAGCAUGGCCACUGGGAACGACCACCCGCUGCAUCACCUGCCAAAAGCGCGACGCCGGUAGCACACACACCGACGGUGGCUCUAUCACAGCCUGUCCCUUCCACCUCCUACAGCCGUCCUACCAUCCACAUUACCACCUUGCAACGAUCCCUAUCCAUCACGCCGCCUCCAACAAUGUCGCCGCCUCCGUAUCCUUCCACACCUGGCUCAACUCCUGGGCCGUCUGAUUCGUCGAGCGUUUCCCGUACUUCUUCCAAGAGACCACAUACACCCGACGAUGAUGAAGACCUGCCACGCCUGGUCGCUCCCAGGCCUCCGCGGAAGAAGCGGGUCGCGGUAAAGAAGGGCUGGAAGGGCUGGGUCGAGGUUGACGAGUCGCGCGAGCUACCGGUGUCCGAUAAGCUCAUUAACCUUGACCGUCCACAAGCAUAUGCCGACAGGCGGACGCGUAGCGGCAAGCAGUUUGACGGCAUUGUGGGUGAUGGCUGGGUACACAUGCUCCACUGACUAGUUGGUUCAUCACUAUCGUUAAAGCAUUCUCGCCCAAAAAACCAUCUGUCUUCUUCAUUCGGCCACCUCGUCGAGGCCGUCCACAUGCUCUCAUUUUCAUGAGGCCUAUGCCUAUUCUUUCCGUUCACAUUUCCGGGUUUUUGGUGCACUGGCGUAUCUAUCGAUCUCCCUUCACAUUUAUACCUUUCAUGGAUCUCGACCCUCGUUCUCCAUAUCGAUUGAUUGUAUUUCAAGUUUCACCUGUUGCGCUGCUCGUUCCCAUUGGUCUUUUCCAUUGUUCUGGUUGUUUCAUCCAUUGUAUGUAGUAGUUGCUAUCAUAAAUCGGUUUAGAAUAGAGCUGUUUGAUGCGU